AUGGUUAGAAUAAAGCAGAGAUAUCUCCUCUUCAAUAUUCUCUACCCCUCCGAUCCCACAGCAACACAACCACUAUCCUACAUCUCCAUCCACCGUCCAAGCCCAAACCAUGUAACCUCGCGAAAUGUCCUCUCAACCCUCCGGAACAACAUCAGCAACAUUUUCGGCGAUCAUGGCUUAGGCGUGACGCAAUCCAGUCUGAAAAUCGUUUACUUCUCGCCCGCAACCUCAACCUGCAUUCUCCGCUGUCCACGAGCACAUUUCCGUCUGGUAUGGGCGAGUCUGACGUUCAUGGAUAGUCUACCCGGCGAACGCUAUGGUGAUCCACGGAUCAAAUGCGUCGUCCAGGUCGUUCGCGUCAGUGGCACAAUCCGCAAGAGUGAGGAAGAAUUGUUAAAACGCGCGAGGAGGGACGUGGUCCGAGCCAAGUUGGAAGGAACCGGCGAAGAAAAUGCGCUUCUUGAUAGCUUGGUGGGAACAAGUGAAGCAGGAACCUUGGAAAGAGGAAAAGUGAAGGUGAUGAAUCGUCUGCUGGACCGCAAUGUGGGCGAGGGAGGCAUCGAGGAUUUUGACGAUGGAGAAGAGGAGGAAGCGGCUGAAAUGACUGACACUGACGACUGA